AUGGGCAACUUGCCAAGUCAUUCAGAGACAAACUCAGUAUUAGAUAGGUUUGGUAUUAGUGGAAGGGAAAAAAUGUCGGAAAAUAUCAAGGAUGUAUCUAUGGUUGAUAUAAACGAGGCAGGUAACAAGGCUGGUAGAGAGGGAGUCGGGGGGGCGGAUGGGGAAGCGCGGGGGGGGGGACAGGGCGGUGGUAAUAGUAAUGGUGAUGAUGGUGGUAUGGUGGUGGGUGAGGGGAUGAGUCAGACGUUUUCGCAGCUGAGUCUGGGUCGGAAGGAGGGGAGAGUGCGUUCUGGGAAGCGGUCCACGACGCUUCUGUUUGAUUACCAGGAGGAAGGUUCUACGUGCCAGAGGGUCGAUGGGAGGUCUAAUUCAGACAUAGAGUCUAUGGAGGGUGAGGGGCAGGGGCAGGGGCAGGGGCAGCAGGAUGGUAAUGUGGCAGACGCGAGGGUUGUUUCGCAGCAGCAGCAGCAGAGCGGUGGUGGUGGUGCUCCCGCACCUGCAGAUCAGGGGUCUCCCUUGAUGGUGCCGGUGGAUAUUACAUGGCAGCAGGGUGGGACCAAGGUUUAUGUCACAGGUUCUUUUACUGGUUGGCGCAAGAUGAUUGGUCUUGUAGCUGCACCGAAUAAUCCCGGGUUGUUCCACAUAAAGUUGCAAUUGCCUCCUGGGACGCAUAGGUUCCGUUUUAUUGUGGACAACGAGCUUCGUUUCAGCGACUUCUUGCCGACUGCCACGGAUCAAAUGGGUAAUUUUGUAAACUAUAUGGAGAUCGUAGCCUCGCCGCCGUCGCAGGAACAACAGCCAGCGAGUGAUUUGCAGUACGUUUCUGAUGAGGGUCCGAUAUCAAAGCAUGUCGAAAACAUCCGCGAGGGCCGUUCUGAUGCCGCGUCCGCCGCGGUCGACGAAGAACGGGGCAUGAGUUCACGCUCAAAGCUUGCCCUCCAGAUAGAAGACGACCCGGAUGACAUGGGAGACGGUUACACCCGUUUCCGCGAAGAAUCAAAAGAAAUACCAGUCUAUGAGUUCACUCAGGAUAUCCCCGCGGUGUUCACCGACCCGUCCGUGAUGGGCCAGUAUUACCUCACCUUAGACCAGCAGAAAAAUAAUCAACAGAACCUUGCGUGGCUAACUCCGCCACAGCUACCCCCCCACUUGGAACACGUUAUAUUAAACCAUUACAAUAAAUCGGCCGAUGGUGCAAGUGAAAACACCUCCGGUGCACUACCGAUACCAAACCAUGUCGUUCUCAACCACCUUGCAACUAGCAGCAUCAAACACAACACCUUGUGUGUCGCAAGCAUCGUCAGAUAUAAAUCCAAGUAUGCAACUCAGAUUCUCUACGCCCCAUUACACUAA